AUGGAAACGCAAGACAUAACUGCGGUACUGCCCAGUGGGAAACAGCAGACUGUCACGCUAGCAGUAUCAGCCAAGGUUCAGGAACUCAAAGAGAUUUUGCAGCGAUGCUUCGAUCAACAGUUCUUGGUCAUCCUGGACGCGCGAGGUCAAGCGGUCAUGCUCCAGCUCAACCACGCCAUCCUCAUAGGUUCAGAGUUUCAAGUUGAAGCAGCGAAUGCUCGUACCUUUCGCAUCGCCCAGCAAGCGACUUUCAAAGAACUCCGGCUGCGCAAGCUUUUGGGCCGUAUUGCUGAAGCCCAAAACCAGCAAAGCCGUGGCCGCCAGCCACCGGCCAUCCUGAUCCGUCGUAUCUUCUCUCAUCCUUUUGUUGUCAGAGAAGGCUUGCAAAGCUUAGGUGAAGCCAGGGAAUGUGCACAGCAAGAAUUGCGUAGCCAUGUCCAAAGCACUCAAACAGAGCAGCUCCAAGCUUGGCGCGAGCGUGUGAGGAACUCUUCAGCCAAGCCUCUAGGCUGCGUGGCACAGCCGCCGGAUGCGAUGGGUGGUCAGGUUCCCACGGUUUGGAAAAGUAUUCGGCAAAUUUUGCUCCAAAAACCAAACGCUAAGUUGCGUGACACGGAUCACGCGUUGCCAGCCAAAGAUUUGCGGCCAAUUGCGAUUCAGAGCGUCAUCUGGCGCGCCAUUGCCUCUGCGUGGACGCGCAGACCGCAGACGCGAGCUUGGGUCACGAGCUGGGUCCACUCCUCAGCCUGUGGCGGCAUCCAGGGGAAAAGUGUCGACACUUCGAUCCCUCAGGGAGACGCCAUCAGCCCUUUGACUCUUCUUGCAGUCCUCACUGGCCUCACAGGUACAUGGCUCGGCACGGUCCGUAGCUGGCUCCAAAGUUUGAAUUGGCACGAAGAGGCCGCAUGGACAUGGAUUCACCCGGACAUUCAAUUCCGGCUUGAUUGGACACAACCCAUUGAUGAAAACACCAAACAGAGAGAACACCAUGCUUUGCGUGAAGCGUGGCGCAGACAACAGUUUCAACAGUUCUUGUCAAGUGGCCGUCGUGAUGCCACUGCUGUACAAGGAAGUGUUUAUCAAGAGGCCAGGGCCAAACUCACGCGCCAAACAUACCAGUCUUCCAACACUCACUCACGUGCUUGCUUGAUUGGUGCCGUUGUUUCAGAUGCCCGUUUAGAUAGGAUUCGAGACCACAACACCGCACCAGCUCCUUGCAAGUGGUGUGCGUCUGGCAAUGUGCCAACAUGGGAUCACUUGGCCUGGGACUGCCCAGCCUUUGCUGCGACCCGAACGUCGCCCCCGCAUGAUCUUUUGCAGAGAGUGCUAGACAUGGCCGGAUGCGCCAGAGGAAGCUUCUUUGUCCAAAAGUUGCGUGGUUGGGAUGGUGUGCCUAGGGAAGGUGAUUCACAAAAGCCGAAGUUGGCAAAAGCACCAGCAUCAGAAGCCUUGCAGGCCAGCACAAGCCCGCAGAGGGGACCUGACCGUUGCAGUCUUGCCCAACGGCUGGCAGCAGGAAGGACGUUGGAGCUGCUGACAACACUGAUGGUAGUGCAUUUCCUGAAGAUCUGUGCUGCCAAAGUCACACAGUUGCAGCCCAGAGGAGGUCUCUUUGCUUUCCGGGACGAUCAGCCGGUGUUCAUUCUGAGUGUAUGGACAAGCAGAAAAAUUACUUUGGCUGAUGUGGUUCCAUUGAAGCAGGCAACUUUUCAAGGACGAACCGUCCUCAAAGCCAAAUACACAGAGACCCGCACAUGCAGAUGGAGUGAGCUCAAAGAUGUUGGCUUACAUUUCCAGGUUGCCAACUGUGCGAAUGAUCGCCGUGGAGCGAGCUUGCUGUUCCAGAAGCAACCGGGGGAAACACAAGGAGAUCAAGGCAGAGCUUUGCGCGAGAAUGCAGCUUUGGCAGCUCUCUGGCAGGCUGGCAAUGCAGAGCUAGGUUUGGCCACUUCAUGCACAGUUGAUCACUCGGUGCGAUCCGUUCUGCCACGUUUGCAGGCGCACCUGGCCGAACGAGCUGCUUCAGGUAUUACCCAUCACGCGGCCCCACGCGCAGAUGAGAGCCGUUCCUUUUGGAUUCUGGACCUGCCAUUGCCAGUGCAAGUGGAUGGUCGCCGCCAUCGCUGCCAUACGUGCGCGCACUUGCGCAUCUUCGACAACUGCACCGUGGAGACACAUGAUGUUGUUGCAGCCUAUCCUGACCUGCGGGCUUUGGUGGAGCAAAUCUGUGGCAAUGCUCUUUCCCUCAAUGUAGCUGUGCGCAUGAAAGAAUUUUGCAGUGCAGUGCCCAAAUCUGUAUCCAUCCGCUCCAUUCUCAUGGCAGCAUUGGAAGAUUACACCAAGGCAGCUUCACGCGAGAUGCAGCGGCUCAUCAAUGUGUACAGUGGUUCAGUGAUCAGAGGAGAUGGAAACCAGGAUGUAGCAAAAAGGAUUGCAAUGUAUGAUGAAGCAGGUCAGAAAACACACCCAUAUACGGUGCUCCUAGCUUGGGUCACGGUAGACGGGGCCUUGUUUCAGCCUGUAACAGCAGCUGAAACAGAAGACUGGGUCGACUUGCAACCUGAUCUGGAUGCUGUGGUAACCAACCUGAAACAGGACAGGCUGGCAUCAGGCCUGUCCUUAGCUGAGGCAGCCCCAGUAAGUGCAGCGAGUCCAGAUGCCCCAUGCCUCAUUGCUGAUCACAAAGACAUCCUGCAGCGGUUGUCCUUGAAACCAAGGGUGGCAGAAGAUGUUCCACCUGUGCUCUCUGAGCCAGGUCUUUUCCUUGAGCUUGAAGAGGAGGGUGUGACCUUAGCUGCAGCCUUUGGCUUCACAGAGAAUGUAUGCUUUGAAUGUGCUGACACCUGGUUGCAGCUGGAUGCUCUGGAAUUUGACCCUCCAAGGCGGUCUGGAGAUGGCAGCGGCCGGGCAGAUGUGCAGCGGAUUCGCUUGCUCUACAAGCCUGAUUUACACGGAGAUGAUGGGCUCGUUAUAGUUUCCUCUGACGAGGAGGAUGUCAUCUCCCCGCAGCAUGCUCCACCAGACGUGCAUUAG